AUGGGACAAAAUCCUUCAACUAAAAAGCAGCAGAUACAAGAGGAUGAUUUAUCUAACUACUCGCCUGAUGACGACUAUAGUGACUCUAAAGAGUACAAGGCGUUAACAAUUAAGCACAGCAUCCGUAUUUGGAACGAGAAACACCAAGAUUGUCAAAUCAAAGUUGAUUCUCUUAUGUCAUGGACUUAUCGCGAAGAUCAAGACCCUUCCGAAUAUAAUAUAAACUGGAGCGAAUAUGGCGAUUAG